AUGGAGUCAUACAUCCGCUCAACAGUUGGUCUUCUAGUCAUGCUACUAAGAGCAGAUGGAAGCUAUGAUUAUGAGUUUCCUAUCACACAUGACCUCAUGCAAGCCCUGCAAAAUUUAGAACUGGUAUUGAGGGAGAGAGACCAGACCACAGAAAAGAUACAUGCAGUCCUCACUAUUGUCUGGAUAACCAAACUUUGCCAGAGUAGAGUACUUAUUGAGGUAUACAAUGAUAACAAUGAAGCUGCUUUUAAUGUCCUUCAAUCUUGGUUCAUACUGGCUCUCCUUUUAGCAGCAUAUGAUUCCUUCAGCAUCAAGCAUCGAGCAUUACCCUAUAAUACUAUCAGUCUCCCUCAUGUAUAA